UACCAACUUCAUCGAUCAGCAGAAAUGGCGCCGGAGUACUGCUAUUUCAACAACUUCUUCGCGACGGGGAGCUGCGAGGGGCAGAAGGUGGUGGACGGAGAGACGAUGCCGCUGGUGCUGGAGCCGGCCGACCCGGCGAAGAACGACGUCGUAUCCCUGGUGGCGGCCCUGAGGGAGGACAAGGAGUGGUUCGACGGCCUCAUCACCAAGCACAGCGCCGUCCUCCUGCGCGGCUUCGACGUGAGGAACGCGGUCAGCUUCAACGACGUCGUGGAGGCCUUCGAGUGGGCCGACAUCCGGUACGUUGGGCCGGCUCCCCGGACCCACGUCCACAAGCGGGUCUGGACCGCCAACGAGGGCCCACUCUCCGACUUCAUCUACUUCCACCACGAGAUGGUCCUGAUGAAGGAGUUCCCGAAGAAAGUGGUACUGUUCUGUGAGGUUCCGCCGCCGGAAGGCGGGGAGACGCCAUUCGUGCCGAGCUUCAAAGUGACGGAGAAGAUGGUGGAGGAGUUCCCGGCGGAAGUGGAGGAGAUAGAGAAGAGAGGGCUGAAAUACACGUUCUGCGCCCCAGGCAGAAACAAUUCUACCUCCAUGAGAGGCCGUGGCUGGGAGGAUGCUUUCGCCACUGCCGACAAGCAGCUGGCUCAAAUAAGAGCCAGGGCUCUGGGGAUGGAAAUCGAGUGGCUUGAAGAUGGAGGCGCCAAGACAAUACUGGGGCCAAGACCUCUGACGAGGGUGUUUGAAGGGAGAAAAGAAAGGAGGAUGUGGUUCAACACUAUCGUGGGGAUGCAUGGCAAGGAGCAGAGCUCGGCAACAAUGGCGGAUGGGACGGAGUUGCCAUUGAAGUUCGUGAAGAGGUGUGAGGAGAUCAUAGAGGAAGAGAGCAUCCAGUUCAAAUGGCAGAAGGGAGAUGUUGCCUUCUUCGAUAACUGGGCUUUGCUCCAUGGCAGGAGGCCUUCUCUGCCUCCGAGGAAAGUGCUUGUCGCCACUUGCAAGUGAUAAAUGAUCUCUUAAAUAUUACGGACCCCUGAGAUGAUAUGCGUGUAUGUCAGGGAUUUCAUGGUGUAGCUUAUAUAUUUUAUUUUACUCUUAUAAAGAUGAAAAGAUAUAGUAAAAGGUGAGUCAUAUAUAUGAACUUAGAUUAUCGAAGAUUUCAGAGUCGUUGUAGUCGAUUUGAGAUAUAUGGUAAGACCGUAAAAGAUAGAUAUAGGUUCAAAACUAUACAUGGCUCCUUUUUCUCUCUUCCGUUAUUUUUUAAGUGUGCAUGAUUUUACUUCCAAGAAUGCUAAAACACAGGUUUUGGAGCCCGAUAUACUAUGUGUUCGGUUAAGGUACAUUUGUCGCAAACUCAUCAUAUAUUGUUAGUCCUUGAAGGCCGCAACCAAAAUUUUGGCUCCUUUGUCGGGAACUUCUUUGUUAUCACGAAAGAAUUACAAGCUAGUACUUUAGGUAUUAACGUUCUUGUUUGUUUAACUUAUGCUUUACUUUGUUUGUCUAUAGCCCACCUUUGACUUAGACAACUCAUUCGAUUAAUAUGCCAAUAACAGAUAGUCAACUGAGUCUGAUUUCGUGUCAUGCAUUUCAAUAAUCUCUAUUGUUAGACAUAAUAGAGGUAUUUUUAUGGAGUUUCACAAUUUAAGAAAACUCCAUAUUUUAC